CGUCGUCCGCACCUCGCAGCGCGCGCUCGCGAGGCAGCCGCGGCGGGCGGGGGAGCCCUAUCUGACGCCGCAGUUUGGCGCGAGCUUCACGGUGGCGAGUGCGCGCUCCGCCGCCAUGGUCGCCCUUGCCGGCGCGCUCUUCAACGCGCUGAGCGGCUCCGGCUGGGGCCGCGCCCUGCUGCUGCGCCAGCCGGCCCUCUUCACGCUCGGCGCGUUCUCGGACGAGGGACCGUCGGAGGAGAGGCUCGCGGCAACGUCGUGGAAGAGCGUCUUCUUUGGCCGCGGCUGGUCCGACGCCACACCCGACAGUCCGCCUUCUGCCAGCUUCGACCGCGCCGCGACCGUCUUAGUCUCGGGCCCCGAGCCGGGCUACAUCGCCACCGCACUCAUGUUCCUCAGCAUGGCCCGUUUCAUCAAGGAGGAGCGGCGGCGGCUCCCCAUAGUUGGUGGCGUGUUCACGCCGGGCGGCCUCGUCGGCUCCGGAGGCGCCGCCGCCAUCACCGCCCUCGUCGAUGCCCUCCGCGCCGUCGGCAUCCGAUUCGAGGUGGAGGAGGCUCUGCAUGCGACCGACGACUCGCGCACACAACUGGGGGUGUGGGGCCCGCCCGCUGCGGCUCGCUCAAAAUUGUGAUGUGUCACAUGCCAUGUGUUACUUUUUAAAUGAAUUUCAGAAUUGAAA